AUGAUACGUGACGCUCAAGCUGUGGAGACUUGUCAUGGGGAAGGGGCCCACGGAGGGGAGGAUCCUUUUCGUGGUUAUUUUAUCAGGGUAGAAGAUGUUAUCGGUCCGAGUGACUUGGAGACUCUGAAGAAGAGCUCGAGCGAGGUGGGAGCGUCUUACCUAUUUAACGAAGCCCAACAGGGCCUGAAUCGGCUGAACCAGUACGAGACUGAAGUUCGAAGGCUUACUGAGGAGAGAGAUGCCUUAAUGCUUCUCAGUGAGCAGAGAGAAAGAGAAGUAAAAGGACUUCGGGCCGAGCUGGAAGUAUCUCGGAAAGAACAAGCUGAGUUGUCCGAGCAGGUCAAGAAAAGGUUCGAUGCGAUUAGGCAGCUUCGUGUUAAAGUGGACGCAGUGAAAUCGGAGGCUGAGGAGUGGAAAAAGAACAUGGACCACCUCGCCUCACAAAAGGAGGCUGCCCGAACUCAACUGGCUUCGGCCGAGGCCCAACUUAAAAGAGAAAGCCUUAGUGCAAGGCAAGAAAAUCGAGGAGUUCCAGUCUCAUUUGAGCUCAGCAAAAUCUGA